CUCUCUCUGGUUCUUGAAACCUUUUCUCUGCAUCGGCAGAGGUAAAAGGAGAUUAGAUGGGAAGACAGAAGCUGAAAUCUUCCUUCAAAUCCCUCCAAGAGGCCAUCACCAGCCUCAAACCUGUAGGUCCCCUCUGCAUCCAAGAGGCCAAGACCCUCUCCUUCAGAGAAGUGGACCCGUACCCCAGCUUCAAUUACGUCUGCUACUCCCCUUCCACCUACUCCUCUUCUUCUUCCUUCUCAUCAGGUCACUCCAAGCUUCUCUUAACACAACCCCACCUAGAGGAGGAUUUCCUCUCAAGCGCCCCCACCACCUCCACCAUGUCUUCCUUCUCUUUGACAGCGGAGCCCGACGAGGAUCCCAGCGGCCUCCCCAAGGGCCCGAUAAGCUCCACGAGGUUCUUCUUCAACCCCUGCACCACCAAAUCCAUAAUGGAGGAAGCGAAAGCCGAGACCGAUGUCCUAAAGAUAUUGCCUUUCGGUGAUCCAUGGCCCAAGACAACAAGGGUGGCGCCGGCGGGGAUCGAGAAGGCGUCGUUCCAUGAAGAGAGUGUGGCGCUGGCCUUGGCGUCGGACGACCCGUACCAUGACUUCAGGGCGUCGAUGGCGGAGAUGGUGGAGGCGCACCAGCUGAGGGAGUGGCCUCGUCUACAGGAACUGUUGCAUUGCUAUCUGAGGCUGAACGAAGAGAAGACCCACGAGAUUAUAGUGCUGGCAUUUGUGGAUUUGCUCAUGCACCUUGUGUCCAAGGAUAAAGAAGGUGAGGGUCUUGGAGGUCAGGUGGGAGCUUUAGAUUUGGCAGGUGCGGUGUAUACUUUCUCAUUCACUCGAGCUGUUCACCAAAGAUGGAGACUUCCAUGCAUCUUAAUUUGGAUAGGCGGCCAUCAACUGAAGAGAGGAAAUCUUUGGAGAACAAUUCUCUCUUCAAACCACCCAAUAUACUCCAACAGGACAUCAUACAUAACUAUUGUUGAAGACUGAAGCUUGUGCCAUCUCAGUGUCCAUUGGCUACGUGGUAGAUUCUUAUUAGCCAAAAAUAAAUGCAUUAGGGUUCUGCAAGCCACGCGAUGUGCACCAACUAUGUGAAUU